AGCAUAAAUUUGUGUAAAAAGUAAUUAAAUUGCAAUAAAUAGUUGACAUGAACUCAUAACUUUUAAAAUAUGAAGGGUUCAAAUUAAAAAUCUAAAAGGUUGAACCCAUAGAGUUUAAAUCUCAGAUCUGCCUCUGACUAUAGCAGUUAAGAAAAUAUUAGAACAAAUGAUGUUGUUAUAAAGAGAUUUGACUGUACAUGAUGAUGCAGGAACUAAUGGAGUUAGGAGCAAGCACACUGGUAGUUCCAGGGGGUAUGCCAAUUGGAUGCUCAACAGCUCUUCUAACAAAAUUUAUGCUCUCAGAUAAGGAAGAUUAUGAUCCAAUUACUGGUUGUAUUAAUUGGCUAAACCAAUUUUCGCAGAAUUACAAUGAUUUUCUUCAGAAGGAACUUCAUCUUCUUAGAGAGCUUCAUCCUUCUGUUACAAUCAUCUAUGCUGACUACUACAAUGCUGCCAUGCAAUUUUAUGUGUCCCCAAACACCUAUGGGUUUACAAAAGGAGCUAUAAUUGCAUGCUGUGGAGCAGGAGGGCCAUAUAAUUAUAAAUUUUUUGAAUUAUGUGGGGAUCUAACAGCAAGAAAUAUUUGCGGUGACCCUUCACUAUAUGCUAGUUGGGAUGGAAUGCAUUUUACAGAAGCUGCCUAUAAAUUGAUAGCCACAGGUCUUUUAGAGGGCAAUUUCACUUUUCCUCCCCUCCCUAAAAUAUGUCCUACUAGUUUGAGUCCAAAUGUAAACCAUUUUGACUCUUAAAUCAUGACUAGGAAUUUCCCACCUAUUUUUGCUUUAUUUCAUUUUCACAAAGACUUUAAUGGAAUAGUUUGUCCUAGUAAUGAGAAAGUCUUCAUUAUUGUUGUGAAGAAUUUUAGUGGUGAAGCCAAAACCUUAGGGCGACAAGUGUAGCCCAAAAUCUUUACUUUUUUGAUACAUUUAUAUUCAUGACUACUAUUGUGAAAGAAUUUUAGCAGUCAAGCCAAAACUUGAAGGCUA